UGUGUUGGCUUUCUCCUUGGCUACAGAAAGGAAUAGGUAGAGAAUUCUACCUCCUCUUUUCAAUCUUCGAUGAAAAUGACAGCUGGUAUCUGAACAAGAAUAUUGAAGCUUUUACUGGAGACCCUUCAAAAGUAGAUGAAAAUGAUGCAGAUUUCAAGGAAUCCAACAAAAUGCAUGCUGUCAACGGUUACUUGUUUGGUAACCUGCCAGGCUUGGCCAUGUGCAAGGAUGACAAGGUCUCCUGGCACCUCAUCGGACUGGGAAGUCACUAUGACAUGCACGGAGUUCAAUUUCAAGGAAACAACAUCGACCUAAGAGGGACAACGAGGGAUGGCCUGGCCUUGUUUCCUCAUUUAUCAGGGACAGCACUGAUGCAGCCAGACCGUGUGGGCACAUUCAAAGUGGUUUGCAGGACUUUCGAUCACUUUGUCGGAGGGAUGAAGCACCUCUACGAGGUCAGCAGCUGCCGCAAUGCCAGCCGAGCCCAGCAGCAGCGCAGUGCCGUCAGGCUCUACUACAUCGCUGCGGAGGAGGUGGAGUGGGACUAUGCCUCAAAUAAGAGCUCAGCACCAAAGAUUUACAAUAUCAGCAGCAACGAGGAAAGCUACGGGCACAUUUUUCUCAGCCAAGGGGAAGAUCUAAUUGGUACAAAAUACAAGAAAGUGGUUUACAGGGAGUAUACAAAUGGGAACUUUACGCAGCGCAAAGAGAGGACAGAAGAGGAGGAACACUUGGAAAUCCUGGGCAAGUAG